AUGGCCAGCGAGAAACCCGAGAAUGUAGAGCGCCAGGCGCCAUCGGAACCGGAACGUCCAGAGGACAAUAUAUCGUCAGAUGGGCAGGUGGACAACGCCAUGGUUAAGCGCGAGCCUAUGACCACAUGGAGGCUGACUCUGGUGCUUGCGUGUAUUGGCGUAGGCUUGUUCCUGUCGCUGCUAGAUACCACGGUGGUUGCGACCAUGCUUACCGCCAUUUCCGAGGACUUUGGCGGGUUUCGCGAUGCGCCUUGGAUUAUUCUUGCCUAUACUCUAUCAUACGUCGGAUUUGCCGUUGCCCUUGCCAGAGUGUCCGAUGUCGUGGGCCGGAAAGCGGUGGUGUGCGUGUCCUUCUUCAUCUUUCUAGUUGCGUCCCUGGCCUGCGGCUUUGCGACCAGCCUCGAACAGCUCAUCGGAUUUCGAGCUGUGCAGGGAAUUGGGGGCGCUGGUUUGUACGCGAUGGCCAUGAUCAUCUAUCCCGAAGUCACACCUCCGGGGUUGGUGCCUGCGAUAUCCGCAGUAAUUGGCCUAAUUGUAGCUCUUGCGGGCGUGAGUGGACCUAUUAUCGGCGGCCUUCUCACCACCUACUCGAGCUGGCGCGGGCCUUGUGCUCUUAUUCCCGGAGUGGUUUUCUACUUCUGCUGGCCAAACAACUUCCAGGCUCUCGACAAAGUGCAGUUCAGGCAUCUCGACUACGUGGGCAUCGUCCUCGUCAUGCUCGGAACGGUACUGCCCGUCUUCAUUGCCAACCAGGCUGCUGUGAGGGAAUACGCCUGGAAUAGCGCGACCUCUAUCUGCAUCCUGGUCCUCUCUGGCCUUACGUGGGUUAUUCUCCUGCUAUGGCAAUGGCAGCUCUCGAGGAAUCCUCGCUUCCGCCUCAUACGUCCACAGCUACCAUUCAGACUAAUCACAGAUCCUGUCAUGGCCUCUGUGUUUGUCUGCACAUUCCUCGCCGGUUUUAUUAUCCACCUUUCGAUCAUCAGUAUUCCACUGCGUGCUCAGAUUGUCAAUGUAUAUGACGCUGUCAAAUCAGGCAUUCUGCUGCUACCGCUUAUGGGGGGGAUGGCAGUUGGAUCAGCCCUCGGAGGCGCCGUGUCGGCCAAAAGGAACCUAACAUUCUGGACUUUAAACCUGGCGAGCAUAUUCAUGCUGAUUGGCAGUGCGCUCAUGUCAACGAUUCCAGGUACACUCAGCCCAGCAGCCAGGCAGUGGGCAUUUGAGGCCAUCCUUGGCCUGGGUCUUGGUUUGAAUCUCUCUAGCUCAACACUUAUGACAUCUCUACAAGCCGAGUUUGAGGACUACUCAAUUGCACAAGGCCUCACUGCUCAGAUGCGUCUCUUUGGUGGCAGUGCUGGCGUGGCCGCCAGCUUUACUGUCCUGAACACCAAGAUCCACAAUACUCUAGGCAGUGUUUUGUCGCCAGAACAGCUCAACGACUUCUACAAAUCACCCGUCGCCAUUCUCUCUUUCACCAUCGCUGAAAAACUAGAAGUCAGGGAAACAUAUAUAGAAGCAUUCGCCAUCGACAUGCGCAUAUGCAUCGGGAUAUCCGUUGCAAGUUUACUAGUCUCGAUUUGUACGUAUCAGCGCGACCCGCCGUCUAUUAAGAAGCGUUUAGGCGAUCUUGAAAAAUUUCACGCGCGAGGCGUAGAUAUACCUGUGACAGAGGCGGUUUAG